GUGCAAAAGAAUAUUGCGCACUUUGGAGGUGAUCCCAAUAACGUUACGAUCUUUAGUGAAAGCGUCGGUGCUGUUUGCGCGCAUUACCUAAUGCUCUCGCCACAGGGAAAAGGGCUGUUCCAUAAAGUGAUCAUGCAAAGUGGUUGCGCACUGGGUACUAGAGGAACUGGACAGUGGUCCACUCCAUUAAUCAAAAAGGCACUCGAUCUAGAGGAAGUGAAUGACAGGGACAUUUUCAAUAUCCUAAACGAAAUGAGCGCUGAACGUAUUUUUCAACUGCAAGAGACGAUUCCAGACACGUACUUCCCUGACGUCCCCCGUCCGUUUGGAAUUGUACAAGAAGCUUACCAAACGAAACAGAUGAUCACGUCAGAAGAUCCUUUAGGCGUGUUGCAGUCUGGUGACUAUAAUUCUGUUCCAUUAAUGCUUGGGUAUGCGGCACGCGAGGGCUAUUUGGUCGACUUGCAUUACAAACAACAUAAGGCCAGUGCGAAUUUCGAGAGACAAAUACCUUUCCCCCUUAAAGUUCAAGAAGGUAGUCAGCUGUCGGAUUAUGUUGCAAAUGAGUUGAAAGAUUUCUACUUUGGAAAUGAUUUGGAACAACAGCGGUCGGAUGAUUUUUUCGUGUUCGUAGGUGAUAACCUGUUUGUACGCCCCAUUUACAAAUCCGCUAAAUUGCACUCGCUCACCUCCUCCACCCCAGUAUAUCUGUACAGAAUGUCGUUGGACGCGGAUUUAAACUUUUUUAAGGCAGCGUUUAACUGUAAACGAAAGGGAACCUCGCACGCCGACGAAUUGGGCUACCUAUUUACGCACAUGUUGACUCCAACGAUUCGUCCGCAUUCCAUUGAAGCAAAAGGCGUAGAAAUGUUUGUAAAGCUAUGGACCAACUUCGCCAAAUAUGGCGAUCCUAAUUCACCUGAGGAUCCAAUCGAGCGACCGCGUUGGAAGCCCGUGCAAAAUGGCGAAAUGCAUUUUGCUGAUUUGGGAGAAAACUUUACAACCGGAAUAAAUCCCGAAGGGUACCGUAUGUCAUUUUGGGACCGAUUAGAAGAAAAAAUCGCAAGCGGCGUAUUAUAGUCUGGCAGUUUUUUCUAUAAAACCAUUCUAAUAUUAAUUUUUUUAUUUCGAUAACACUAGCUCAAAUAAACACUUUUUAGAUAA